CAGCAGGCGGGAUGAUACCAGUAUCAUCUAUCUCAUCAUCCACGGCACUUCUUCUUCCAGGACCAUGAAGUUGCUCGCAGUGGUCGCGCUAGUGGGCUGCGCGUGCGCCGCCCCCGCGCGCCUGGACCAGACCUACUUGCCGCCCGCCAGCGCGCAGUCGGCCGGCGGCGCCAACCUGGCCGCCCCCCUGCCGCCCCCCAACAGCUACCUGCCGCCCUCAAGAGGUGGUGGCGGCGGCGGCGGCGGUAGCGGCGGCGGCGCCAACCUCGCCGGUGGCAUCGGCGGCGGCGCUGGAGGUGCUGGAGGCGCUGGAGGCGCUGGGGGCGGUGGCGGCGGUGGUGGCGCUGGCGGCCAGAAGCCCAUCGCCAUCAUCAAGCUGGAGAACGUGAACAACGGUGACGGAUCCUACAUGUUCAGCUACGAGACGGAGAACGGCAUCCAGGCGGAGGAGAAGGGCGAGCUGAAGCCCGGCGGCGAGGAAGGCAUCCAGAGCGCGGUCGGCUCCUUCUCGUACACGGCGCCCGACGGCCAGCGCAUCGAGCUCUCGUACACUGCCGACGAGAACGGCUUCGUGCCCAAGGGGGCCCACCUCCCCACGCCACCGCCCAUCCCCGAGGCCAUCCAGAAGGCCCUGGAGGCGAACGCCGCCGAGGAGGCCGCCGGUGGCGGCUUCCAGGGUGACGACGGCGGCGCCGCGGGGUACCCCAGCGGGGGUCCGAGCGGCGGCGGCGACGCCGGCUACCGGUACUGAGGACGGCGGCGACCCGGCGGCGGCACCCGGCCGCCGGCAACCAACUAAUUUAUUGAAACCAAACGUUCAAUACGCUGAAUAAAAUUGAACAGUUUUUGUAUAAAACAGACAUAUGCGGUGUCGUGGUGCAUUUUCUCCCCACCCAUUGCAUCAUACAUGGUGCCCGCGCCGGUAUGCGCGGUAUGCCGGCCGCGGACAACCGCACUGCACUUUGUUUCUAACAUUCAAGAGGUCUCGGCGGGCGGUCGCAGCAGACGAGUCCUGCGCCAGCGCGAGGACACCCCGUCCUCCUCCUCCUUUCCCUGUCACGCCGCCUUCCUUGAUGGCGAUACGGUUGUGUGUUAUUAAAAUGAGCCACCGAUAAA